AUGCGAGCGGCGGCGUGGACAGUGUUGCCGGCCGAAGGCGGAGGUCGCCGGAUCUGGCAUCCUGCACGUUUCUUUUUUUGCCGAGUCCCCAUCUCCGCGCAGUCUGAGGAAGGUCGUGAUCGCGAGAGGGUGAUCGAGUGCCUCGCCGCAGUCGCAUGGGAGGCGAACCAGCCCCUCCGCAUCGAGACGGUCACGGUCGCGCCUCCCAAGGCCCACGAGGUCCGGGUGAAAAUCCACUCGACGGGCGUGUGCCACACGGACGCGUCGACCUUGUGGGGCCGCGACCCCGAGGGACCCGGGGGACUGUUCCCGACGAUCUUGGGUCACGAGGGCGCUGGCGUCGUCGAGAGCGUCGGAGACGGCGUCACCAACGUCAAACCGGGAGACCACGUGAUUCCACUAUGGCUCCCUCAAUGCGGCCGCUGCCGCGCCUGCGGGAAGACGAACUUGUGCGAGAACGUCUGGAAGAUGAUGGGGAAGGGGUGCCUCCUGGACGGCACGUCGCGGUUCGCCUGCGGGGGGAGGACGCUCUACCACUACAUGGGGACCUCCACCUUCUCGGGGUACACAGUGCUUCCUGACGUCUCCGUCGUCAAGGUGGGGGCGGUGUUCUGUCCGGGUUUUGCGCUGGAUAUUGUUUCUGAUGCACUUCCGAUUAGCCCAUCGGCUCGCCUAGAUCGAGCCUGUCUUCUGGGCUGCGGGAUCCCGACGGGGUACGGCUCGGCCCUCAACACGGCGAAGGUGGUCGAGGGCUCCUCGGUGGCCGUGUGGGGACUGGGCACCAUCGGCCUCGCCGCCGUCAUGGGGGCCAGGAAGGCCAAGGCCAAACGCAUCAUCGGCGUCGACAUCAACCCGAACAAAUUCCAAAUCGGGAAGAAAUUCGGCUGCACGGAAUUCGUGAACCCGAAUGACCACGGGGACCGUCCGAUCCAGGAUGUCCUGGCCGAUAUGACCGACGGCGGACUGGACUUCACCUUCGAAUGCAUCGGCAAUAUUCACACCAUGGCAAGUCUUCCCAGAAGGAGGGCUGCCCUGGAGUCGCUGCAGAAGGGAUGGGGAGUGUCCACGAUCGUCGGAGUGGCCGGGAGAGGACUGGAGGUCUCUUUCCCCCCUUUCCAGCUCCUCUUGGGACGCAAGUGGACCGGUUCCUUCUUCGGAGAUUACCGGGGAGAUGACCUUCCGGGACUGGUAGAAGAAUACCUGAAAGGGGAACUCAUGGUGGACGAAUUCGUGACGCAGGAACUCCAAUUGGACGACAUCAACAAGGCCUUCGAUUCCCUUCGCGAAGGCAGAGGGCUUCGCUCGGUCGUGACAUUUUGAAGGAGGCUAAAACCAUAUUUCGGGUUGAUGACGAAAGCGAAAAUGCUCAUUUUUAUGAAUCUAGUUUAUAGUCGCUAUUUGUGCGCUUGUGUUCGUGUUUCUCUCCAAUGUUUUUUUUUUGGUUUUUCAGUACCCUUCAUUGCUCUAAUAUGCGAGCGUCAUAAUCAGCGUUGAAGUCUAGCGAAAGUGUAGCAAUUCUGUAUGCUAGUGAUGUCAUUAGCAGAGUGUACCUCUACGAAGUUAAAGCUUUUAGCUAUCCUGAUGUGGGACUAACGACUUGUUAUCGUGUAUGAAUGCAAUUGCAUUUACUUUCCAAAAGUUUUCCCCCAAUUUUUCAUCUUUUUUCUUCAAAUGAGAAAGGCUUGUCACCACGGACAAUUCAUGUACGCCCGCUGGAAACGAACAAAAAGAUAGUGACGAUAGGCCUCCAAACGAAAGAUAGGCCUCCGACGGCAUAGUGAGGAAGUGAAGAGCUGUUUUCCCGCGAAGAUGAGAUCAAACCGAGGACGAUCAUCGCCCAGUCGCCCUUCCAAGGAGACCACGAAGGAAACUUGCAUUGCCACAGAGAAGUGAAGGACGGACGACUGGUAAAGCAAGAGGUCUUAGGAAUCUCGAAGGGAAUUUUACAAGCCUUGAUUCACAGAAAGCGUCGACAAUGGAAGAUCUAUGUCCGCCGGAUUCCCGCGAACGCCGUCCUUGAUUCAACGUGGGGACACGGUGAGAAUGAGAGAAUUUCGACCGAUUCGACAUAGAACCGUUCGUUGAAUGAGGCAAUGUCGGCUGAGGCAAGGAAGUCUGGGGCGUGCACGUGUCGAUCGGGUAUGUGAAUGUCAUAGGACACUUGGGACAUGGCGUUGUUGGGCAGAAACAUGUCCGACGGGAAUGUGUGCGGCAUUGAGGUGCGGGGUGUA